AUGGCUGGAUGUAAAGCUCACGCCUUCAUGAUUUUCCUUCUGGCACUCGUUUCCAUCACCCACUUGGCUGUAAUUUCGGUGGGGAAGUUCCUUACCAUCACUAGAUCUCUUUCCAGAGAUUCAUACUUCAGCAAGAGUACGGUCUUAUGGAUAGUCUUUGGCUCUUGGAUGUAUUCUUUAGUCUUCAGCGUGCCACCGUUAUUAGGUUGGUCAAGAUAUGGGUUGGAAGGAACCAAUGAAUCAUGCUCGAUCAUCUGGGAAUCGAAAGUUCCUAGUGACAAGGCGUAUUUUGGAAUAAUAUUCUUUACUUGCUACGUUUUACCUAUCACACUUAUUGCAUUUUGCUAUUACAAAAUUCAUAAAGUUUCUAGUCAUGUCGUCGAAACUUCUCUACAAAUAAAUAGGGUGGCCAUGACUAUGUCUGAAGCUCUGUUGAAAAAACAUCGUAAAUCGGCCAUGUACUUUUUAAUUAUCAUAGCAGUUUUCCUUUUCUCGUGGUCUCCUUAUGCCAUCGUGUCCUUCAUGACAAUUUUGGGGGGAAGCGUUGAUGCUGUUGCUACCAGUGCAUGUAGCGUUUUCGCAAAGACAUCAUUCCUAGUCAACCCAAUGCUGUAUGCCAUUGUGUCGCGGAAGUUUCGACGCCGAAUGAUUCAGGCGAUUCCCAUAAACAGACCAAAUCGAGUGGUUGUUCCUGCAGAUGCUUUUCACCUAACGUCUGUAGCACUAGCUCUCUAAGUGCUAUAUUCCUUGACCGAAACCCCGAUUGACUCCUGAUUUGUAAACAAACCGGCUCGAUUGGUAUCACCAGAUGAUCACCAUUCAAUUUACAAGCACUUAUUCUCUAAACAUUAUCUCUUAAGGUACCAUAAUACCUUGGACCAACCAGUGCUGUCGUGACUUCAUAUUUUAUUGUUGACUAAGCAUUCUUAUACAAGGAAAGCAUAAAACUUGCCUAACAUUUCCUAUAGUUUUGCGUGCACUCUGCUACUAUUACACGGUAUUGGGUGUAAUAGUUCGAUUUUUAAAAUUCUCUUUCUGAAAUGUUGAAAAUUAACACGAGAGAACUAGUUCCUGAUAGCGUUUUCUAUUUCAACGUUAGAAAUGUUCCACGAUCAUUGCUUUGCUUAGGUUAAUACAAUGAACGUAUUCCUUUCUCAAAUAUCUUAUUACCUCCUCAAUCCUGAGAAUUGUAAGAUUAAUUUUUGGUGUCCUCAGUAUUUUUUUUAAACGUAAGUAUUGUAAUGGAGGUGUUAUUACUAGUGUUUGGUGUUUUAUUCAGCAAUAAUAAUUGUCAAACAAAAUAGUGCAAUGAAGGCCACUAUUGAAAUGUAGGUGAGAAAGUGUACUGAGAACUGAAAAUAUUAUUCUGUAGAAAUUGUUCAAAUUGUAAUAUUGUAAUAACAGUUUGACUUGACGCCUGUGGACGUUGAAAGCAGAGCAUUUGUAAAACCUUUAAUGAGUAUCAUGGUAUAUUGUCCUUAUUUGUGAUGAGAAAAUUUGCCAUCAGUUUAUCGCUUGAAAAAUUCGCGUCAAAAGUUGUGAGGUUAUCAGAUCGAGGAAACAUUAUAUAGAAAUAAUUAUUGUCGGUAUUUGCUUUCGAUGGAUUUUUAUGAUAGAUAAACCUUUGUUUUGUGGGUAUUAAGUCUAGUUUUGAAACCUACCCAUCUUGGAGACUGAAUGGCUCACAUUUUUAUACCACUUCGUAUACUAAGAGUGUUUGAGAACGUUCCAGCGCCCGCCAACCGGGAAGACCAGAAGCUCAAUAAGUUAGUAAAGCCUUACAGGAUUUCUGAUGACGAGUGUGCAAACUAUGACCGUUAACCCUUGGGGCAAGUGGAAUAUAAAGCGUUUUAUUGACAUCAUGUCGUUCUCUUAAAGAGAUGAUGUCAAACAAGGAUAUUUAUCAUUGAUGUUAAAAAAGUAUUUUUAUCUUUGAUAUUAAACAAGGAUAUUUAUUCAAGUUGAAUAACAUCCUUGUUACUGUUCCGACGGCUCCCCUUCCUGUUUAGUCUUUAAAAACUCUUCUACCUGUGUGACAAAGUUUUCUCGUCAAAUGAACAUGACGGAUGUCCUUUGAAAUAUCCGAGAAAAAAUGCUGCCGCAUCCUUUAGUUGCCGAAUAUUUAAAACUAAAUGGCUUUUAAUGGCGUUCAAUAAUGGUUGCAAUAUUUCCCUGAAGGACGAGUAUGGAAUGUAUUAUUUGGUGUACCUUUCUGACAAGUUAAGAAUUAAGAGGGCAGAAUUUUCCAUGAUUGAGUUUAGCCGACCCUAUGCAAUGCUGUAAACUUAGUAAGCAACUGGUUAAAGAAAGAUGAGAGGUGUUUGAGUCGAAAAAGAAAAAGAAAAAAAGCUGGAACACCUGCUGACAGGCAAGGUCAUUUUCAUGUCAUCAAAUUCAGAAAUCCACAAGCAAGAAGGCAUUAAACCUUUCAUCUUUUUCGGGUAUAAAAGAUGCUAAAUUUGUCUGCUCGCAGCAUAAAAAGAGAGAGUUGAAUUGAGAAUAGAUUUAUGAAUCAUAACAGAGCAGUGGAUGUUUUCAGUUUUGAGAUGUGGCCUAAAACGGUUUUGUCAUUUAUUUCUAUAGUUUUGAUAUUUGUGUUUCCCCGAUAAUCUAUCAAAAAAACUCAUAGUUAUCAAAAAAAGUUCCGUAAUUUUUAAAUAUGUCUUCAUAUUUAAGGAUAACACAUCAAUAACAAAGCCUUUCUACAAAAUCGUCAACCUCAACUUCAUGUACUUGUAACCCAUAAAAGACUAAGGUGAGCUCUUUUUUUUUACUUUAAAAUGCAGUUAGCACAUUAGGUUUCGAGAGUUACUGAUCACAAGUUAGAGAAGCAUAUCGAUUUUUUGAUAUAUAUUUCAGUGUUGAGUGAAAUGUUGUAGAUUUUUGAAGAAACAUUGAUUUUCAUUUAUUUGGACUGAUUGCUUGUCUUCUUUAGAAGGGAAUUUUUUUUUUGUAUUUUAUGACCCUUAAGAUAUUGCCAGAUUUAGUUCAUGUUUUCUGACCACAACUUUGAUUAAUUGUUUCGAAUUUUCGAGUCCCUAUGUGGACUGAAGUUUUUUAGAUACACGAAUCAUUAACUCUAUCUUUCCAUAACAACAUUUUUAGCUUUCUUCCCGUUACUCAAGGCUUCGAGAUAUACCCGUAGCGUGCUCUGUAGCAAAACUAAAUACACGAUUGGUAGCAAGUGAGUUGGCAUAUUAUCUCGGUGAAAAUAUCAUGCAAUUUGUCGGACUGAGAAUGCACUCUCCACAAGUAAUAUGUUAUCAGGUUUUUACUUACUCUCUAAAAAGUAUUUUUGAAAAUACCUAUCGCAAAAGUACCUGAGAGGUCAAAUGCAAUUCGACCCCAAAAGCCCUUUCGUGUCGAUGAUCGUUCCCGCGUGUAAAUGCAGGGGAUUUUUAUCCGCUUCGGGCCGCUUUAAAAUGCGUGAGGAAGCUGUAUAGCUAAUUACGGCAAUCGAAACACGUUGGUCUACAUGAAAAUGUGCAUCAAAACAGAAUCCGUGUUGAAGUUAUGCAAUAUUAAAAAAUAAAAUGCAAAACAUGAAACUUUGGUACUCGGGCUGCUCGGCACAAACUUAAAUUAAUGGAUCUUUGACUAAGUAUUCACUGAAAUUCCCAACAGAGUAACGCUCUUCACUUCAAUUUUCGAUUUUAAAUGGUGCAUUAUUUUGGUAAUUAUUCUAAGACAAAUAAAUCUUUAUGCAAAAUGAAUCAGAUCAAUGAAUACCUUCUAUGUAAACUGGAGAUUCAUAAAAAAAAUGAAACCGAACAAAGCGAGGGAGUGAAAGGAAACGUAUGUAUUUAUGAAAUCACCUUAUUCUAAAUUUACAAUUUCGUGCGACUUGUUUUUUUAAUCCCCAGCCUAAGCUGAAUCACAAUGCCUACAUCCUAGAUGCGUCCCUUUUUUUGGACUUUGUGGCAUCGUCCGUUUAUAGAGAUUAAAAUGACCUUGAGACUAAAAAUCAAAACAAGAAUCGUCCCUUGUACUUAUUUCAAUGUACACAUUCAGAGCCUUUCCUGAGGAAAUAAAAAACAAAUAAAGAAAAAGGAUAGCGAAUUCUCGUUGAAAAGAGAAAAGCAAGUUUUUCCUCUCUCUUUUCCUCAUCUAUUUAUUUUUGUCAUAGGAAGACGAUGGAGGAAAAGAAAUUCGAAACUAAGAGAGUUUUAUCUCAUAGCAUUAGGUGAAUGGUUAGACAUGGUGUCUAACACGCCAUACUGUUCACACUGUCAGAACCCUACCAUUUCAGACGUAAAUAUUGUUGGAAUCAUGUAAGAAUAACGAGAUAAGUGUUCUAUUAAGUUGGUUGUAGGCUUGUGAGGGAUAUUCAUUUACAUUGCAGAUUUUCAUGAUGUUUUGACUAAUUGUAGUAUAUCAGUAUUAUAUUGCUCCAUUUUCCCCAGCAUCGCAGCUUAGCAGGCAAACAAACUUUAUGUCUAAAGUACCUCCCUUAAAAGAACAUUAAAGUCGUGAGACUAAUGGCCUUUUUCAGCAGGCACUCAAAAAUAAGAGCCGGAAUUAAGCCUCUGUCACAUGGCAGGAGAAAGUUUACGUUUUUCGCCAAAAAGAAAGCAGGAGCAGUACACAUUAAAGCCGCCUACGUAAGAAAGCUCAGUAACAUAGAGUGAAUUAGGAUUUAACAUGAACGCGAUUGGUAACUGGAGCACAAUCUUCUCUGUGGUCAAGCUGUUCGUAUGCUCCCUGAGAAUCUUCUUCAACGGCGUUAUAAUGCUGGGAGUUUGGAAGGAUCUACACCGUUUUUCAGCCCUCUUUUUUUUUCCCUUUAAAGAGUCGUACUUCAGCAAGACGAAGACUCUGUGGAUAAUCAUAGGAUUAUGGGCUUAUUCUCUGGUGUUUAGCGUUGCACCUCUAUUUGGAUGGUCUCGAUAAGGAAAAGAUGGAACCAAUGAAACCUGCUCAAUCAUAUGGGACUCAACUUAUCCCAUUGAUAUAACGUAUUUUACGGCUAUAUUCAUUGCUUGCUAA